AGUAGGAGCAACAGAAGAAGAAACGAGAAAAAAAAAGGAGAAAAACAUAAAGCAAAAGGGCAAGUGGAAGAGAAUUCUUGUUGUUUAGCCCCUGCUUAACAGGACAGACCCUCCAAAGGAACGAGAGAUGGACGAUGUUUGAGGAGCAGUUUAUAAUCUGGACGACUUCUUACGUCUAUCCAGUAUCAUACCAGGUGAUUAAAAGCAUCGGACAGGAGGAACGUCGCUGGUCAUUCAGCCUCAGCUCAGCCUCUACAGAAGCAAAAUGCCUUCUUCAAAAAAGAAACUUCAGAGCAAAAACAGACCUCAGAGCCUUCGGGGCGAUGGCGCAACAAGCAAAGAAAAAUCACUCAGCUGUGAUCAGUGUGGAAAAACUUUUUGUACCUCAAAUUACCUCAAAAGCCACAAACUCAUGCACGGUGGAGAAAAGCCGUUCAGUUGUGAUGAGUGUGGGAAGACUUUCAACGUGAAGGGAUCCUUGGUCACACAUCAGCUCACACACAGCCGACUUAAAUCCUACUCCUGUAAUGACUGUGGGAAGGCUUUCAUCAGGAAGAGCCACUUAAAAAAACACAAAGUCAUCCACACCGGAGAAAAAGCUUACUGCUGCGAGGAGUGUGGGAAGGCCUUCACGCAGAUGGAAAACCUGAAACGGCACCGGAUCAUCCACAGUGGACUUAAACCUUACAGCUGCGGUCAGUGCGACAAGACGUUCAAUCAGAUGGGAAACUUAAUGACUCAUCAAAGCAUCCACUCUGGAAUUAAGUCGUACCGCUGUGACCUUUGUGGAAAAGCCUUCAGCCAGCAAGGAAACCUAAAAACGCACCUCCGCCUCCACACUGGAGAGGAUGUGUACUGCUGCCAUCUCUGUGGCAAACCGUUCGCGGUGUACUCGCACUUAAAAGCCCACCAAGUCGUUCACUCUGAAAGUAAACCCCAUCGCUGCGACCUGUGUGGGAAAGCCUACAGACAAAUAAGCAGCCUAAAAAUCCACAGACGGACCCACACUGGGGAGACACCCUACAAAUGUGACCAGUGUGACAAGGCCUUUAAAUCUUCCAGCGAUAGGAAACGGCACCAAGAGGUCCACAUCAGAGAGACACUGUUCACCCGCACACGCUGUCAGGAGCAGAGUAACGUGAUGGAGCAGAGUAACGUGAUGGAGCAGAGUAACGUGAUGGAGCAGCAGAGUAACGUGAUGGAGCAGACUCUCGGUCCGGUUGACGUCGUGCCGAUGGGAAACCAUGCUGCUCUGACCAGUGUUGAUGAACUUUCAUCCAGCAACGACCUCUACAAAGACAUAGUGUGUAAGCUGGAAACGGACUGAAAGUGAGGUUUUCCCACGCCAUCCUCAUUAAAUCCUCACCAACGUCAUCAACAGCCUGCAAGCCGCUUGUUAAAUAUCAUCAGGUAGCAGAAAUAUCCAGGUAUCUGUUGUCCAGAUCCUCCUAAAACCCUCAUCCAGGACGAAGUAACUGUUUCCACAAAGUACCACAAACAGACGUGUUGCUUGUACUCAGUAUCAGUUAUUGAUACACCCCAUGAUAGUAGAGUAAUCAGAGUAUUUCUGCAGAUGACAGGACUCUGUACAGGAGGUCUGAGGUUUAGUGAAGUCCUCUCUGGUGCUCCGGUGCUGCUGCACCUUCUCCGACACACAAUCCCUCACGGACAGACGAGAAUGGGAUGGAUGAAGCUGGCCGAUGAGGACGUCUUCAGCCCCCCGCCCAGUACAAAAAGCUCAGUAAAGUAGGUCCUCAAAGGUUAAACCAGUGCCCUCCCCUCUGGUACUGUCAUGAUGUGGGAUGUUAGGCAGGUCUGUGGUCAGGGGGCAGAUGAGGUCCACCUCUGGAUGCAGGAAGCUAUGAGGUUUCUCUGUUUCCAGUCUUGGGAACAAAAUACAUCCUGAUCCAAACUUUAAAAAAAUAUUAUUAAACACCAGAAUAGAUACGAACGAUUUUACACAGUUUUAUGAGCAGUGUGAGAGCCGCCCUGAAGGAAACCGUCACUGUUUCAUAUAGUUUCAUGCUGGAGAAUUAUAUUGGCUGGUUGGUUGGCCCCUCCCCUUUCUUUGCCCUCUGUGUUGUUUUCGUUAUACACACAUUUUAAAUUGGAUUUAAGAGAAAUGAUGUGAAAUUUGUUUAUGCCUCAGUCUUGUCCGGGACUCCCUGGGAGAAGAAACUUUAUCUCAAUUAAACCUUUGUGAUUGAAUAAAGUGGUCUGAUUUUACCUAAAGACAGAGGAGAUGAAUAGAUAUUCAUAGAAUAACGUUUCAUUUUCACGUAGGAAACAGUUGAUAAACUGUAGGGUAAUUAGAAGUGCAGCAGACAGAGAGAGAAGGUUGAAGUCUCCAGAAAUUUCCAUGAAUGCUUUGGGAUGUUUGUAACCUAGCAACGUCUGAGAUGAUGAUGAUGAUGAAGACCAUGUCAGAUGCUGCACAGUUAGACUUGUGCCAGAGUAACAACAGAGUAGAUGAUAUAAAAAAAAAACUCAUAGAAAGUAUUUAAGUCUUGGAGACAGAUUUCUCCUUCACAUCCAGGAUUGAACACACUGUUUUUUGCUUUGUCUGCUCUUUCUGAUGUCAGAGGUGUUAAGAUGUGGAAUAUGAUCCAAGUCUGUAAAAACAGCCCAUAAACUGUGUCAGUGCCACAAGCUCAUCAUGUUAACCAUCAUUUAACCAUCAAUCAUGAUGCCUGAGGGAAGAAAUGCUUUAAGCAUCCGCUCCUUUUCUCUCACAAGAAGAAGUCCGUGCUGCACCGAUAUAUCAUGAAUGUGUGGCAUUAAGCAUGUAAUAAACUGUUUAUGCUGACAGUGAAGGGUCAACAUCUCAGUAACAGACGUAACAGUAAAUACAGACGUGUGUGUGUGUGUGUGUGUGUGUGUGUGUGUGUGUGUGUGUGUGUACACACGUGAACAAAAGUGUUGGUCCCCUUCGGUUAAUAAAAGUAAAACUCACAAUGGCCACAGAAAUAACUUGAAUCUGACAAAAGUAAUAAUAAAUAAAAAUUCUAUGAAAUUUAAC